AUGCCACAACAUCGAAAACAAGUAAAUGACAAUUGUAAUGUUCUAAACCAACCACUUCCCCGUGUAAUCCACAGACCAAUCCCAAUUACUGCGUCGUCUGUUGUACUUUCACCUUUCGAACUAGUCACUCCUAGAAUGCCUGUACGAACUGUGGCCGAUCCACCAGAAAUGGUCCCGUCUAGUCACUGGUUUCACGGAAAUAUUAGUCGGGAGGACACUGAGAGACUUCUGAAACAUCAUUCACAAAAUGGGACUUUUCUUAUAAGAUUCAGCAUAUCGACUCACAAAUAUGUUCUGAGCGUCAUUUACAAUCAGCAGCUUUAUCAUUAUCCAAUAGAAGAAUUGUCCGAUGGAUUUUAUCAGGUCAAUGGUACGAAUGCUAAAUACCUGGGUAUUGACCUACUUGUAUCAGAGUUCAGGCGUGCAAAUAACUGCAUAGUUUGCUCUUUAGGGAAGCCUGUGCCAGGUCUCCGACCGCCUCCACAUAUUACUGUUUAUGGAGUAACCAAUGAUUUACAUCAUGCUGUAAGGAAAGCAAAUCUUAAGGGUGUUCGUGACCUCUUCACACGUGUCAGUUCAAUGGAAGUAACAAGUUUGUCGGAUUAUGUGAAUGAAAAAUCAGCUGACAGUGGCGCUACUCCAUUAAUCGAAGCUGCCAAAACAGGCUCUAAUGAUAUUGUCCGGCUUUUAUUAGAGCACAAUGCAUCUGUAAAUUUGAGAGACUGUGGUGGAUUCACAGCACUUCAUCGUGCAUGUCAAAAAAGUUUUGCACAUGUUGCUGAAACUCUUUUAAGAGUCGGCCGUGCUAAUCCUCAGAUUAAAUGCCCAUUUUCUGGGAAUACUGCACUUCAUGAAGCUGCUAUGUUAGGUCAUGCCGAUUGUGUAAACUGUCUCCUACGUUACCAUGCUGCUCCAUGGGCAAGGAAUGCUGAAGCUGAGAUGCCUUUUGAAUUAGCUCUACGCUAUGGAUUCGCUGAUUUAGCUGCUGCUCUAGCCGGUUACAAACCUGCUCCAGCAAUUACAGUGCAGAACGAUUGGUAUCAUCCUUCAUUAUCAAAAUCAGAAACUGAUAAAAUAUUUUCCAAUUGUUCAACAAUUAAAGAUGGUGCAUUUCUAAUUCGACGAUCAUCACAAUCAGAAAGAAAAUUUGUACUUGUUUUAUAUUAUCAACAUCAAACAUUAAAAUAUCAAAUAGAAGUAGUUGAUUUUUCAUUUCAUAUGGAUACCAAAGAAGCUUAUUUCAUUGAUAAAGGUCCGCUUCAUUUAUCCUUAGAACACUUGGUAGAACAUUAUAGUCGUUUUGCAGAUGGAAUACCUGUACGUUUACACUAUGCUAUAUCUCCGUCUGGUAGAGUUACUAAUAUUGAACAAUUGGUACCUCACAAUCUAGACAAUCAUGGUCAAGAAUUAAGAAAAAUUGAAUCUUCUGCCGUUGGUGAUGCAUGGGCUUUAAGAACUAUUUCAUCCAGUUUACAUGGUGGUCGUAUGGGUGCACCGUUAUCAAUGUCAAUCGCUAAAGGUGCUUCACGUCAUGGACAAAAAUCAAAUCAGGGAAAACAUAGUUCAUCGAGUUCCGGUGUCUCUGGUAUGUCCAGUGGUGGUGGCCUCCUUCCAGUUGCAGCUGGUCUACAAUUAACUUCAUCUGGAACAUCCUGUAUAGGAUCAACAAGUGGUUCUGGUGAACUUCGUUUAAUUCCUAGCGAUGCUGUCAUUCUAUUGUAUAGACUUGGUGAAGGUGAAUUUGGUGAAGUUUAUCGAGGCAGACUGCACUUGGAUAAUGGUAUAGUCCAAGAAGUGGCUGUGAAAGUCCUUGUCCAACCAUCGCAAAGAUUGGAUUUUUUAAAAGAGGCUACGAUCAUGAUGCAAUUAUCUCAUCCACAUAUUGUAACAAUUUAUGGUGUAUGUGAAAAUAAACGCCUAAUGAUGAUAUUAGAAUUAGCUGAACUUGGCAGUUUAUUAGAUUAUCUAUUAGAUUAUCCGGAAAAAUGUCAACUACCUGAAUUAUACAAUUGGAGUAUGCAAAUUGCAAGUGGUAUGAGCUUUCUAGAAUCAGCUAGAUUUGUUCAUCGAGAUUUGGCAUGUCGUAAUGUCCUAUUAUCAAAUCAUUCUUGUGCAAAAAUUUCUGAUUUUGGUUUGUCACGUGCAGUUGGUGUUGAAUCCGACUAUUACAAAGCUACACAACGUGGUAAAUGGCCAGUGAAAUGGUAUGCACCAGAAUCAAUUUAUUACAAAACAUUCAGUCAUGCUAGUGAUGUCUGGUCGUUUGGUAUAUGCUUAUGGGAAAUGUUUUCAUUAGGCGAACAUCCAUAUGCAGAUCAAGAUAGUUUUGAAGUUUUACGUCAAAUUGAAGAAGGUGUACGCCUGCCUAAGCCUAAUUUAGCUAAUGAUGAUGUUUUUGCUAUUAUGCAUGAUUGUUGGGCGUAUAAUCCAGAUGCACGACCAACAUUUGCUCAACUUCUCGCUGUAUUUCAACAUCUUGCUACUAA